AUGGCUUUGUCCCGCCACCAUGCAGCUCUAUCCACUCCGAGGAGCGUGGAGGAUCUCGUGCAAGAAGCGCAGCAAUUCGAGUUCAACACAAAUCGUCCUCUGCAACAAUGGCUCCGAGCGGCGAAAAUGCUCCUCACCGAGGCCUCCAUAUGCGAGCAAGAAGGCAAUUUAGCCACUGCUUAUCUAUAUCUUUACCGCCAUGCCGAUCUCAUUCUGAGCAAAUUGCCUGAGCACCCAGACUACCGAGAUCCACGUUACAAGCUCGAGUUAUCACAGGCUCGAAAGACUGUCCAGCGAAACCUUGUGAAACUUGAACAAUGGAAACCACGAAUCACCCAGGACUACCAGCGUUAUGCCAAGGCGAUGGAUAGACGAAGUGCAGAGAGGCAACGCGCGCAGCAAGAAUUUGACCAAGCCGCAAGACGACUGUCAUACGAUCCUUCUCGCAGAACCUCAAUUGCUUCGAUGAGCAGCCGUCCUCCGAGUCCAAUCUCAUCAUUGAGUGCAAUGGACAAUAGAGAGUUCGCUGUCAAUCUUGCUCAGCGCGAAUUGAAACGUCGCGAUGCAUCAAGAAAGUCGACGACGGAGGCAGGCAUUCCCGCCGCGACUGUAGCAGAACGACGUCGUGGCCUCGUGGCACCGGACUAUGGCGAUUAUGCAGGUACACACGGACCUUCACAAGGACAUGAUGACGGUGUGCGAGCAGUUGGCCAGCAGUUGCAGCAACAAUCGCUUCGAUCUCGCAAUGGAUCGAAUGGGGACCAGUCGAUGAGUUCAACAUUCAGUUAUCCAUCGGUGCCUCAAAAAGAAAGUCGUAUGGAAUGGAAUACGCCACCGACUCAGCCCUCCAUGCCCCAAUCUCGAUAUACAAUGCCGAUUCCACCUGCUCGUCCAGCAAAGGAAUCGCUCCACAAACACAGCGCCUCUGAACUUCCAAGACGUCAGCCUCCUCCCAGGCCCCCACGACCAGAUUCUCUCGAGACGCCCGGGCCCCCACCAUCUUCUCCUCAAGUGCCCUCAAAGUACACCUUCAAACCGACCGCUUUCACCGAAGCCGGUGCACCCCUCCGCACCGUCCUACUUCCACCGGACCUUCGCACCCAAUUCCUCAAUCUCGCAGACCCCAACACAUCCCGCAACCUCGAAACAUGCGGUAUCCUCGCCGGAACCAUCAUCGCCAACGCCCUGUUCAUCAACACUCUCAUCAUCCCAGACCAAACCUCCACCUCAGACACGUGCGACACCACCGACCAAGGUGAGAUCGAUCUGUUUUCCUACUGCGACAGCAAUGACCUCCUAGUCAUGGGCUGGAUCCACACUCACCCUUCGCAAUCCUGCUUUCUCUCUUCACGAGACCUUCACACCAGCUCCGGAUACCAAGUCAUGUUGCCCGAAGCCAUCGCAAUCGUCUGUGCACCACGACAUAAUCCCGACUGGGGCAUUUUUCGCUUGACAGACCCGCCUGGCCUGCCACAUGUGCUGGAGUGCAGGAAGCCGGGAAUUUUCCACACGCACGACGAGGACCGGUUGUACACGGAUGCACUUCGACCGGGCCACGUGGUUGAAGGGCCAGGUCUGCAGUUUGAAGUGGUGGAUUUGAGGAAAGGGAAGAUGAAAGUGACGUCGUAG